AUGGUGAAGCUGACCAGUACCCCCAGCGAGAAGGGGACCAAGCCGCCUUCGGCUGAGGAUGGCUUCCAGACCGUCCCUCUCAUCACUCCCUUGGAGGUUAAUCACUUACAGCUGCCUGCUCCGGAAAAGGUGAUUGUGAAGACAAGAACAGAAUACCAGCCAGAACAGAAGAACAAAGGGAAGUUCCGGGUGCCGAAAAUCGCCGAAUUUACGGUCACCAUCCUCGUCAGCCUGGCCCUAGCUUUCCUUGCCUGCAUCGUGUUCCUGGUGGUUUACAAAGCCUUCACCUAUGACCACAGCUGCCCAGAGGGAUUUGUCUAUAAGCACAAGCGCUGUAUCCCGGCCUCCCUGGAUGCUUACUACUCAUCUCAGGACCCCAACUCCAGAAGCCGCUUCUACACGGUCAUCAGCCAUUACAGUGUGGCCAAGCAGAGCACUGCUCGGGCCAUUGGGCCGUGGCUGUCGGCGGCCGCCGUCAUCCAUGAGCCCAAGCCACCCAAGACCCAGGGCCACUAG